AUGUGUCUUUAUUUUCAAUGUGUUUUGUUAUUAAAUAUUAAAAUGGAAUUUAAAUAUCCUUUACCAAAUAACAAAUUGUUUAUUAAUGGAGAGUUUGUAGACUCAGUUGUCCCAGGAAAUAAAACUUUUAAAACUCAUAACCCGGUCAAUGGUAAGGUUAUUUGUGAAAUCGUUGAAGGUUUCCCAGAAGAUGUAGAUAUUGCAGUAAAGGCAGCUAGAAAAGCUUUAACCGGACCAUGGGGACAAAUGUCAGCUGAAGAUAGAGGUAAAAUAAUGUUUAAAUUGGCAGAUCUCAUUGAAGAACAUAUUGAGCAGCUUUCAUAUUUUGAGACAUUAGAUAAUGGUAAACCAUUAGCUGCCUCUAAAGGUUAUGAUGUCGCAUCAUCUUAUAAAUGUAUUAGAUAUUUCGCUGGAUGGGCUGAUAAAAUCCACGGUAAAACUAUUCCAAUAGAUACAUCAUUUACCUGUUUCACUAGACACGAGCCAAUUGGUGUUGUUGGUGCCAUCACACCAUGGAAUUUCCCAGUUAUGAUCCUUUCAUGGAAAUUGGGUCCAUCUCUUGCUGCUGGUUGUACCAUUGUAGCCAAACAAAGUGAAUUUACACCAUUAACCUCAUUGUAUAUGUGUGAGUUGAUUAAAAAAGCAGGUUUCCCACCAGGUGUUUUUAAUUUAGUAAAUGGUUUUGGUCAUACUGUUGGUAAUGCCAUUUCCCAUCAUAUGGAUAUUAAUAAAGUUAGUUUCACUGGCUCAACUAGAACUGGUAGAUUAAUUAUGGAAGCCGCAGCUAAAUCAAAUCUUAAAAAAGUUACUUUAGAGUUGGGUGGUAAAUCACCAAAUAUUGUCUUUAAAGAUGUAGAUGUUGAAUUUGCUGCCACCAAUGCUAGAGAUGGUCUUUUUGGUAACAUGGGUCAAUCAUGUUGUGCAGGUUCAAGAUUAUAUGUCCAAGAAGAUAUAUAUGAUGCUUUUAUGACUACCUUCACAGAGAAAGUUAAACAAUUAAAAGUUGGUGAUCCAUGGAACUCUGAACAUCAUCAAGGUCCAUUAGUUUCAAAAGAACAACAUGAUCGUGUUCUUUCUUAUAUUGAAAAAGGUAAAUCAGAAGGUGCUACAUGUCACUUGGGUGGCGCUAGACAUGGUGAGGAGGGUUACUUUGUACAACCAACCAUUUUUACUAACUGUAAAGAAGAAAUGACAAUUGUUAAGGAAGAAAUCUUUGGUCCAGUUAUUUGUGUUCUUAAAUUCAAAACUGUUGAAGAGGUCAUUGAAAGAGCAAAUAAAACUAGCUAUGGUUUAGCUGCUGGUAUCUAUACUAAAGAUCUUAGCCUUGCUUUAAAUGUUAGUAACCAACUUCAAUCUGGUUCUGUAUGGAUAAAUGACUAUUCAAGAAUCCACACCCAAAUUCCAUUUGGUGGUUAUAAAGAAAGUGGUAUUGGCAAAGAUUUAUCAGAGUAUGCAAUCUAUGAUUAUCUCAGUGUAAAGGCUGUUACUAUUUCACAUCCAAAUAAAUAAAUUGAAAUACAUUCAAUAAUAAUAUUUUCUUAUUAU